UUUAUUUCGUAGAACUAGGGGUAAACGAAUUCAGUCUCACAUGUAAAUACAUCAAAAUUCUUUCCAUAUUUCGUAAAUCAGGUUCUGGUGAUAAUAAUAUUAUAAUGUAAAAUUGAGCCGAAAAGUAUGAAAGAGAAAAAGCGUGUUCUAAAAUCAUAAAGUUAAAAAAAUUAUAAAAUUACAAUUAGUUCGGAAGGCAUUGUUAAAUAAGUAUCCAUGCACUUAUGAAAAGGAUUGUACAUAUCUCUUAAUCACUGACUGCAAGAAAACACGUUUCAUUCGAUCUCCCAAUCGGUUCGAUUUCGAUCGCGGUUCGACGCUCGGACGCGGGAAUGACUACUUUCAUUCGCGGUCUGACUGCACCGUGAACUUGUACUUGUACGUAGUAAGUGCAAGUGCACGUUCACCGGUAAGAUUGCAGCGUUCAGCUUUCAUCCCGUGUCCUUUAACGCGCAGAAAUGUCAAACGCACACAGGCGUCUGACCAUUAUGAACUCUCGGCAGCCAGACAGAUAGAUCCAUCAAUUAGUAUAAGUCUCACGAAUAUAGUGAUCGGCAAUUUCCCUUUCCUGAUUAGUGAUUACUCAGCAAUUUAUAGUAUGGAUGUUUUUGACUCUAUUGAUUUUAUUUGUACGUGCAGUCACCAAAAGUAUUGUUAGAUAAAGACUGGUAGAAUAAGUUAGUGACAGAUUAUAAGAAUCAAUAAACCAUACAGAAUGAAUUAAAUUAAAGGCUCAUUAACAGACUGAUCGUUUUGCGCAAGUUACUAUCAAAUUAAUAAACCAAUGAAAAAUAGAACAUUUAAUUUUAUUAAAGGAAACUUUUGUAACUUCAAUUUUAAUUUCUCAUUUUCAAAUUUAUAUAUAAACUACUACGUACUAUUUUGCAAAGGAAAUCCACAAUUCAGUAGUAACUUGGUUUAGAAAAAUGAUUCAUGCAAUUUUAUAGAUAUUUCGAUCGACUCAAUUGUAGACCGACAUCAGCGAUAUAGCACAUUCCGGUGAGACUGUAUUGCACACUGCAACGAUAACAAUAAUUAGUUUUGCUGACGUUCGACAUGAGCGAUCGUUUACCUCGGAAUUGGUGGCUGCAAUAUUUGCUCCUCUUUAAAUUAACACGUGAAUGUUUGUAAAACGAUCGCUAUAACAGGAAACGGAUAGCGAAAUGGGCAAUGGCGGGCGUAAUCAACUCCACAGCAACUAUGUUCAAUGACGUCUACGAUUAUUAUCUCUGGACACUAUCCCUUGCCGAUGAACGAACGAGAGGAUGGCUUUUGGUCGACUCGCCGAAACCUACUUUGAUAUACACGAUAUUGUAUCUGCUCAUCGUAUGGGCCGGGCCAAAGAUCAUGAGAAAUCGAAAAGCUUUUAAGUUAACGUGGGCCCUCGUCCCGUACAAUCUCGCGAUGGCCUGUUUAAACGCGUAUAUCGCAAUUCAGUUGUUCGUAGCUUCCACCAGGUUACGGUACAGCUACGUCUGCCAGCCGAUUAGGCACGUAACUCGUCCGGAUGAAUUGCAGAUUGCUCACGCUGUCUGGUGGUACUACUUUAGCAAACUGCUAGAGUUCUGUGAUACAUUCUUCUUCAUCCUACGAAAGAAGGAUAAUCAAUUAAGCUUCCUCCACGUUUACCACCACUCGACCAUGUUCUCGUUGUGGUGGAUCGGCAUCAAAUGGGUCCCGAGCGGAUCUACUUUCCUGCCAGCAAUGGUUAACAGUUUCAUCCACGUACUGAUGUAUUCGUACUACGGAUUGGCAGCAUUGGGACCAACCGUGGCUAAAUACCUUUGGUGGAAGAAAUACUUGACGAUCCUCCAACUGAUACAGUUCACCACUGCCUUGAUCCUAGGGAUCAAUGGAAUCCGAUCAGGAUGCGACUUCCCCCUCUGGAUGCAGUACGCUCUCGUCAUUUACAUGAUCUCUUUCAUCGUUCUCUUCGGAAACUUCUACGCUAAAGCGUACAUUGCAAAGGGUAAACAAGCGUAUGCGAAGAGGCAACUGGAAAAAAUGAAGGCCAAGAUACAAUCGAAAACGGAAGUCUCGGAGGGAGUAGCAUGCAACGGAAAUGCACUGAAGAACGGACACGCCAAUGGAUACGCGAACGGUGUGUCCAAGAAGGUUCAAUGAGGACGAUAAGCUGUUCAUUAAAGUGUCGGUUAAGAAACGAAAGCGAGCAGAAACAUUUUCAGAAAAAUCCCGUUCGAUAACCCGGAAAACCAUUCGACCAAAUAGUUUUUUAGGUUCUUCCAUUUAUCGUUCGCUUCGUUCGUGAUACUUAGGCCAUGCACAAUACAUUAUACCAGCAGUCCUUAAUCUUAGGCCAUCAAUUCAAAUGAAAACAAUUGAUUAUUUAAAUCAUUGCUUAAAAAAAUUGCAUACUAUUUAUUAUACAAGUCAAUGAUG